CCUAGUCUCUUCUUCUCGAGCUCUCCAAUUUUCCUCCUUCACUCCCUCUGCAAAAGAAAAAUAAAAAUCACAUCACUUGCUCCGUCCAGCCACCGCCGCGUCACUGCCGGUCACCGCCGCCGUCUCAUAUGCUCGAAGCCGCUGUCUCCAUUGCGCUCGUCUCCGCCACUGCUCGAAGCCGCCGUCCCUAUCGCGUCGUUCCUCCGUCGCGCAACCGCUGUUCCGCCGUAUCGGCUCUGUUCCACCGCGCUACAGCCCUUCUCUCCUCCAGUUCCGCCACGCUCCAUCCUCCUCUUCUCCAUUUCCACUGCGCUCCCCACCCUCCUCUGCUCCAGUUCCGCGACGCACCACCCUCCGCGGCUCCAGUUCCGCGGAGGUGCAGGCCGGGUUCUCCAGUUCCGCGGCAGUGCAGGCCACUUCUUCUCCAGUUCUGCCGCGUCCAGCCCUCCGUGCUCCUCCACCUCUGUACUCUAGAAGAAUAUAUUCAUGGAAGUAUCCAUUUUUUGGACAAAGUAAAUCCUUAUAUCACAAAGCAUAGUUCAUUUGUAGUAUCCAAACGUCAAAGGAAAACAACUCUUGGUGGGGGUGACACAUGCAGUUUUGCCGCCGGCACCUUACUAUCGGCACCGCCACAAACUCAGUGGAAUUCCAUCUCCUGGAGCUCCUGAAACAAUGCAGCAGCAGCAGCAUCCUCCAACAAGUCCACGCCCAAAUGAUCGUCAACCACCUCCACAAACCCAACCACCUCCUCGUGAAGCUCAUCCACCUCAACAACUUCCCCUAUGCACUCAACCUCUUCUCUCACAUCACUCCUCACCCCAACGACUAUGCCUUCAACAUCAUGAUUCGCGCUCUGGCUGCCACGUGGCACAACUACCCGUUUGCCCUCCAACUCUAUUACCGUAUGCGUGCUUUGUCCAUUAAGCCUAACAACUUCACCUUCCCCUUCGUCUUCCUCUCAUGUGCUAACUUAACGGCCCUCUGCCAUGGCCUUUUGGCCCAUGCCUCCGCCUUCAGGCUCGGCCUCUGCUCCGAUCACCAUACCUGUCACUCCUUGAUUACGAUGUACUCCAGGUGUGGGCAGUCUUGGUCUGCACGUAAGGUGUUUAAUGAAAUUCCUGACAAGGAUUUGGUGUCGUGGAACUCGAUGAUCUCUGGCUACGUGAAGGCGGGUCUUGCGAGGGAGGCUGUGGAGGUGUUUGGGGAGAUGAGGAGGGAGGGGUUCGUGCCGGACGAGAUGAGCUUAGUGAGUGUGCUCGGGGCGUGCGGGGAGAUUGGGGACUUGGAAUUGGGGAGGUGGGUUGAUGGGUUUGUUGUGGAUAAUGGGAUGGAGGUGAAUUCGUAUGUUGGGUCUGCUUUGAUUAGUAUGUUUGGGAAGUGUGGGGAUUUGGAAUCUUCUUGGAGGAUCUUUGAUGGAAUGGUUAGAAGAGAUGCUAUCACUUGGAAUGCUCUGAUAUCUGGAUAUGCUCAAAAUGGAAUGGCAGAUAAAGCAGUUUCUUUAUUUCAUUGCAUGAAGGAAGAGGGAAUUGUUCCAAAUAAAAUUACCUUGACUACCGUGCUGUCUGCGUGCGCCACGAUUGGGGCUUUGGAUUUGGGGAGACAGAUUGAAGAGUAUGCAUCACAAAGAGGAUUUCAACAUGAUAUCUUUGUGGCUACUGCAUUGGUUGACAUGUAUGCUAAAAGUGGGAGUUUAGACAGUGCACAGAGAGUUUUCAAUGACAUGCCACGGAAAAAUGAAGUUUCUUGGAAUGCAAUGAUCGCUGCGCUUGCUUCUCAUGGCAAAGCAAAGGAAGCACUGUCACUAUUUCAGUGCAUGUUGGAUGAGGGUGGUGGUGCUUGUCCCAAUGAUAUAACAUUUGUAGCAUUGCUCUCUGCUUGUGUGCAUGCAGGCCUGGUUGAUGAAGGCUAUAGAUUGUUUGAUAUGAUGAGCACAUUGUUCGGAUUAGUGCCAAAAAUUGAGCACUACUCUUGCAUGGUUGAUCUUUUGGCGCGCGCUGGUCAUCUGUAUGAAGCUUGGGAUCUCAUUGAGAAAAUGCCUGAAAAGCCAGAUAAGGUCACAUUAGGAGCUUUACAUGGUGCGUGUCAAAGGCUGAAAAAUGUAGAUAUAGGUGAACGGGUUAUGCGGCUGCUUCUGGAGUUGGAUCCUUCAAAUUCCGGGAACUAUAUCAUCUCAUCAAAAAUAUAUGCAAAUUCAAAAAUGUUGGAAGAUUCAGCAAGGAUGAGAUUGUUGAUGAGACAAAAGGGUGUGAGUAAAACACCUGGUUGUAGCUGGAUUGAAAUUGAGAAUCAAUUGCACGAGUUUCAUGCUGGUGAUGGUCUGCACAUAAGUGCUACGGAUAUAUAUGGCAUAAUGGAUUUGCUGUAUGAGGAGCUCAAAAGGGAAGGGUAUGUCCCUAAAAUUGUUGAUUAGCUGCAUGAGGAGCUGAAUUGCUGAAAGAGUUGUUUUAUUGGAAAGUAAAUAACUAACGUUUGAACUACAUAGCAUUCAGCUUUCUCAGCUCCAAUUGGUUUGGUUUCAUUAAGUUUGAUCUGAUGGCACAUAUCAACAUUAGUAGUGGGUGUUAGGUACGUUAAAGUAUUCUUUCAUACUUAAAGAUUUGAUUUAUAUAAUUCAAGGGGGACAAAA